CGCGAGUAUUGUCUUGUUCUGUUCUAUUUUACCUUCGCGAUGCCUGAGCCAGCCAAGUCCGCUCCUGCUCCGAAGAAGGGCUCUAAGAAGGCGGUGACCAAAGCCCAGAAAAAGGACGGCAAGAAGCGCAAGCGCAGCCGCAAGGAGAGCUACUCCGUGUACGUGUACAAGGUGCUGAAGCAGGUCCACCCGGACACCGGCAUCUCGUCCAAAGCCAUGGGCAUCAUGAACUCCUUCGUCAACGACAUUUUCGAGCGCAUCGCCGGCGAGGCCUCCCGCCUGGCCCACUACAACAAGCGCUCGACCAUCACGUCCCGGGAGAUCCAGACGGCCGUGCGCCUGCUGCUGCCGGGGGAGCUGGCCAAGCACGCCGUGUCCGAGGGCACCAAGGCUGUCACCAAGUACACCAGCUCCAAGUAAAUCUGCCUUCUACAACAAUACCAAUAACUCAAGGCUCUUUUAAGAGCCACCCA